AUGUCAGCAGGCAACGAUCCUUUCUCGUGUCCAAAUGUAUGUCCGACCAUAAAUCGACACAGUUCUGACAACAAAAAUGAACAAAUUAGUAAAGAACGAAAGGCGGAGAAUAUUCACGCGUCUCCAUAUGUGCCUGGUAUGAUUGAACCUCCAGAACCAAAAAUAUUGCUGCCAGGGGCCCCGCCGAGGUACCUUCCUCAACCUACAGACAGCACAAGCGGAGAUAUUCUUGGUAUGGGUCCAAUAGGACCAUGGGCUGCUGGUCAUAUAGAUUGGACCCCUCAAGCUGGGACUACAGGGGUACGUCCAGUGGUAGAUAAGUAUUCUAUAACAAGAUAUUCUACUGGAGAAUGGCGAAAAAAUAAUCAAUACACUCUUACGCCACGUGCAACUGACAAAGCUAAAGCUUUAGAAAACCAAAUUAAGAACGACAUUAAUAAUGCUUUUUCAAGUAUGGAUAAUAAACUAGAAGAUUCUGAUAAAAAACUAAAUAAGCGCAUCGGAGAUUUGUCGCAUUGGAAGAAAAAAGUAGAAAUUACUCUUCAGGCCAUGAUUGAUGAAAUAAAUACUUUAGAUGAAGACAGAGCGCGGUUGAAAGGUGCCUGCAGAAUCUUGAUGAUGCCGGAAGCGAUAUCAAGAGAGUGUUUAGAGCUGCGCACGAGUCGCUAUGAACCAGACUUAGUAAGAGACGAUGCGGAGCAGGAAUUAAUUAAAGAAGUAGCAAUCGUUGGUGAAAUAAGACGAGUAUUUAUGACUACGUUAGCACAAGUUGAAGAACAAAUGGCAAGAAAUAAAUCAGCGAAAUCAUCUAUAGAAUUCGAUUGGAGCGAUAAAAUGAUCACUUUAAAAGUAGACAGAACAAAUGCAACUCUUUCACCGAAAUCUAAUCUUACACAAUAUCACCCUGGCGUGGCAAGAUGGCCAGAAAACGCUACAACAUUAGAGUACUGGGAACAUUAUUGUGCGGAAAGUAUACGAAACUGCGAGGAGGUAAGAAAGGCAUCAGAAAAACUUCGCGGUGAUUUAAUGACGGUUAUAACUAAAGGAAGUGAAGAUAUGAAAUUACAAGCAGAUAGAACAAAUUUAGCGUUAUCAGAAACAAUAGAAGCAACUGAAGCCCUUUGCGAAAAGCUGGAAGAGAAUCUUAAAGAUAACCUACAUAAAAUAGGCGACAUAGAAAACCUUGUAGAUUAUUUAAAAGAGUCUCUACGAAAAGUUGACGAAAGAAACAAGUGUGUCAUGUCGCGGCUAUAUGCUAGGAACUACGAGCGACCUUAUGUAGAGAACUGUAGAGAUGAAGCGCAAUACGCUUUGAUGGCGGAAGUCAAGUUUAUAAAAGAAACUUCGGAGUCAGUUCAGAAUAAAUUAAGGGAAGCAGAGAAUGUGAGGUCUGAGCUGAUGAAAUACAGAGGAGAUUUAGAAAAGGACAUUGCUUGUAAAAGAAAAAGUCUGAAUAUAGAUAAAGACAGGUGCGCAAGAGUGCGAGCACACAUGCCCACGCCGGAGGAGUUUGCGGCUGGA